AUGGCGUCCCUCAACCUCUCUACAAACGGGCCAUCGAUCACAAAGAGCUACCAAGCCGUUGUAAACGCCGCUCCAGCAACUACCGGAGCUGCUGCUUCGCCGACUUAUGCGCAAUGGGCCGUGUUUGGUGUGACGACUCCGCUCGUCAAUGCAUUUCAGCCGGAUGCGGGGAACAAGGAAAGCGUGCUGAAAGUUCAGAGCAGCGAUGAGGGAGAAUUAGCGGAUCUGAUCGAGGAUUUCUCCGAGGGCAAGGUUCAGUUCGCGUUUGUCAAAGUAAAGGACCCCAACACAGGGCUGCCAAAGAACGUUCUUAUUGCGUGGUGUGGAGAAGGAGUCCCUGAAAGGACCAAGGGAUAUUUCAACAGCCAUCUCGCUGCAGUGGGACGCUUCCUACAAGGGUACCAUGUCCAGAUAACCGCUCGAUCGGAUCGUGACUUGACACCCGAAGGGAUCCUCCAGAAAGUUUCCGAUGCUUCAGGAGCGAAGUACUCGGCAACGGAUGCUCCCGCCGCGCGUGAAUCUGUCAAACCACCCGUUGCUACGAAGCCGGUAUUCACAGCAAGUCGAUCCGGUGGCGUUGCGCCUCCACCCGGCGCUCGUAGGUUACCUGCAGUCUCAAGAGCCCCAGUUGAUGACGAUGGAUGGGGCGCCGAUGCGCCUCCAGUUACCCGCACAGAAUUAGAGAAAGUGCCUUCCGCUUACAAACCUACGAAGGUCGAUAUCAAUCAGCUUACAUCUCAGAAACAACCCGAAUCCCAGUUCAGACGAGCCCCCGUCGAGGAAAGGUCGGACGUUGUCAGGGGUGGCUAUCAACCUAUUGGCAAGGUAGAUAUCGCAGCUAUUCGACGACAAGCUCGUGAAUCUGGCCAAGGUGGUGACGAGCGAAUAGAACCUGUCAAGGGAGCUUACCAACCAGUCGGAAAGGUGGACAUUGCUGCAAUUCGUGCUAAGGCUCAACCGGCGCCAGAAAGAGCUGUUCCUGAACCACAGCCUGAGGAGACUGAGCAGCCCAAGCCGUUGUCGGAACGUUCGGCCGCAUUCCAGCAGCCUGCUGAACGCUUGACAAGUCUUCCCAAACCUAAGGUUGCGAACAGAUUCGGCGGUUCUUCCAACUUCACCGGUACAAAGGCACCUCUUCCGACCGAGUUCGGUGCUAAGCCCACUACAGCUCCAGUCACCUCAACCAGCAGAACUUUUGCUGAUGAGGGAGGCAAGACCCCUGCCCAGUUGUGGGCAGAGAGAAAGGCUAGGGAAAGAGGUGGUGCGCCUGCUGCUAGUGCUGCACCAGGCGAGCCGGUGAACAGACAGGUUUCUGGUGAUGGCGGUUGGAAGAGCUCAUACACCGGAAAGUCUUGGGCUCCUGUUCAGACUACCCAUACCGGCCACUCUGCAAGCAGCGCAACUGGGCGAUACGAUGGUGAGGAGCCAUCAGAGCCCACAUCCAGAAACACUCCCCUCUCAGAAGAUGUUCCUCCACCACCACCUCUAGACAACAAACCUAAUGCCGGUCAGAAAAUCCCAUUGCCUGGCUUACCUACAGCACCAGUGCACACAGAGGAGGAAUAUCCUGAAGAAGAAGAAACAAAGCUGGACCUUCCAACACCACCUCCUCAACCACGCUCUCCUACGCCACCUACUCCAGCUGAUAGAGAACCUUCGCCUAUUCAGAUUGCCAUACCUGUCAGCCGUACAGCUCCUGAGACUCUAGUACAAGAUGCUCACGAGGAGAUCCACUCCCCACCACAGGUUCUUCCCAUCCGCAGCCUGGAGCAAGUUGUUCCGGACGAAGCCGAUCUUGAAGAGGAACAGACCCACGAUACUGGCCGGGCAGUCGCCGAGACCUCCGCACAAGUCGCACCCACAACACAGUCUAUCCGCGCCGUUGUCCAAUAUGACUAUGAGAAAGCCGAGGAAAACGAGAUUGAACUCAAAGAAGGCGAAUACGUCACCGACAUUGAGAUGGUUGACGAAGACUGGUGGUUGGGUGUUAACGUGCAUGGAGACCGCGGCCUGUUCCCUAGCAACUACGUCGAGAUUGUUGAGCAGGCUUCUGAUGUCGCUCAGCAAGAGGAAGCUAUUACCCAUGAGGGUCAUCAUGCACAAGAGCCUGAGCCUGAGCCUGAGCAUGAGCCUGAAGUCAGCCACCAUGCAGAGGCAACUCAUGCCUCUGCCACUGGUCACACUGCAACGGCCUUGUAUGAUUACGAGGCCGCCGAAGACAACGAAUUGAGUUUCCCCGACGGGGCCAAGAUUGUCAACAUCGAAUUCCCCGACGACGAUUGGUGGUCUGGUGAAUACGACGGCAAAGCUGGUCUUUUCCCAGCCAACUAUGUUGAGUUGGAUCAGUAG